AUGGCUCCAUCUAGCGAUCAAACCGCUAAGCCGGAGGCAGACCAAAAAAAGCCAAAGAAUCCUCCAAAAGAGGAGGAGCUUUCUGAAGAAGACCAAAGAUUGAAGGAUGAUUUGGAAUUGCUUGUCGAGAGGCUCAAUGAACCUGACCAGAAAGAAGCCCUCUACUCGGAGUAUCUUACAACAAUGAAGAACUUCAUUCGUGAGUCUACCACAUCUAUGACAGCGGUCCCCAAGCCAUUGAAGUUCUUGAGGCCACACUAUACACUUUUAACCGAGUUAUAUGAGAAGUGGAGCUCCUCUGAAAGCAAGAUCUCGAAUGAUCUUGUGGUGCAGUUUGCUGAUGUAUUGUCUGUUUUGGCAAUGACAUAUUCUGAAUCCGAUAAAGACUCCUUGAAGUAUCGCUUAUUGGCCUCUGACGAAACCAUUGCUGACUGGGGUCAUGAGUAUAUGAGGCACUUAGCGUUAGAGAUCGGCGAAUCUUACCAAGAGAAAUUGGGUUUGGAACAGGCAUACAUUGACAGAAUUGUUCAAUUGUCUUUGAAAAUCGUUCCAUUCUUCCUCAAACACAACGCUGAAGCCGAUGCAGUGGAUUUGUUGUUGGAAAUCGAGAGCAUCGAGAAGUUACCGCAAUACUUGGACGACUCCACAUACGCCAGAGCAUGUCUUUACAUGGUAAGCUGUGUACCUCUCUUGGCCCCUCCAGAUGACACAGCUUUCUUGCAUACCGCAUUCUCUAUUUACUUGACUCACAACCAGUUAACUCAGGCUUUGACUUUGGCCAUUAAGUUGGACGACGAGGGAUUAAUCAAGCAAGUGUUCGAGUCGACUCAGGACUCAUUGAUCCACAAACAGCUUGCAUUUAUAUUGUCUCAGCAGUUCAACCGUUUUAACUACCCAGGUGAGGAAGGUGAUGUUCAGGAGAUCAUCUCAAACGUGAAGCUUCCAGAAUAUUAUGCCUACUUGGUCAAAGAGUUGAAUCUUUUGGACCCAAAGGUUCCUGAAGAUGUUUACAAAUCUCACUUAGAGAACACCCGUUUCGGUUUUGGCCAGAUUGACUCCGCCAAGCAGAACUUGGCAGCUUCUUUUGUUAACGCGUUUUUAAAUUUGGGUUACGGCUCUGACAAACUUUUCAUCCAGACAGGUGAACAAGAUAGCCAAUCUUGGAUUUAUAAAACGAAAGGCGCCGGUAUGAUCUCAUCAACUGCCUCUUUGGGAUCUCUCUACCAGUGGAACAUCGAUGAAGGUUUGCAAGCUUUGGAUAGAUAUACAUACUCUGCCGAAGAUGAGGUCAAGGCCGGUGCUCUUUUGGGUACUGGUGUUGUUUCUGCCAAUAUCCAUGACGAAGCCGAGGCAGCUUUGGCAUUGUUGCAAGAAUAUGUCACCGAUCCAAAGAAAGUACUCCAAACUAAUGCCAUCAAUGGUCUUGGUCUCGCUUUUGCUGGAUCAGCAAACGAAGAAGUUCUCAAUUUGUUGUUGCCCCUUGUCUCCGACACAGACUUGUCUUGUGAGGUAUCAGCAUUGGCUUCAUUGGCCCUUGGUCACGUCUUUGUCGGCACCUGCCACGGCGAUAUCACAUCUGCAAUUUUGCAAACUCUUUUGGAAAGAGACUUUACGCAAUUGAACAACAAGUUCAUCAGGUUCAUGGCUUUGGGCCUUGGUUUGUUGUACAUGGGUAAGACGGAGAUGGCUGAAGAUGUUUUGGACAUCAUCGAUGCUAUCGAGCAUCCUAUCAAUAAGACGUUGAAGGUGUUGGUCAAUGUUUGUGCUUACGCCGGAACAGGCAACGUAUUGCAAAUUCAAUCUCUCUUGCAAAUGUGCUUCGCUCGCCCCAAGGAUACCUUGGAGGAGGAAAAGAAGUUGGGAGAGAGCGAGGAGGAUCAAUUGAAGAGAGAGGGCAAAACGGAGCUUCCAACGGAGGCAAGCGCCACUGACUCUCCCACCACAGCCGCUGAACCUGGUUCUCAGAAUGCCUCGGGCGAUGUUGAGAUGGCAGAUGCUACAGAGGUCAAAACGGAGAAGCCGGAAGACGUCAAGGACAAGGCUGAUUUGACAACGGAGGAGGAGGAUGAUGAGGAAGAAGACGAGCUUUUCCAGGGAUUCGCUGUAUUGGGUCUUGCAUGUAUUGCCAUGGGAGAGGAUAUUGGCCAGGAUAUGGUCUUGCGUCACUUCUCUCACCUCAUGCACUAUGGUAACCCAUUGAUUCGCCGGUCCGUUCCAUUGGCUAUGGGUCUUGUCUCAGCUUCCUAUCCUCAAAUGAAGGUCUUCGAUAUCCUUUCACGUUAUUCUCACGAUCCAGAUUUGGAGGUCACUCAAAACGCAAUCUAUGCCAUGGGCCUUGUCGGUGCUGGUACCAACAAUGCCAGAUUGGCUCAAUUAUUGAGACAAUUGGCUUCAUAUUACUCAAAGUCCCCAGAUUCUCUUUUCAUGGUGAGAAUUGCUCAGGGUAUAUUAUCUUUGGGUAAGGGUACCUUAACCUUAUCUCCUUUCAACACCGAGAGAAGUAUCUUGAACAAGGUCUCUUUGGCAUCUCUUUUGACAGUGUCGGUUGCUUUGCUAGAUCCAAAAUCUUUCAUCUUAAGUGACUCCACAACUGAGACCAGUCACCAAAUGUUAUACUACUUGACUCCUGCCAUCAAACCAAGAAUGCUCGUUACCGUUGACGAGGACUUAAAUCCAAUCAAGGUUAAUGUCAGAGUUGGUCAGGCAGUUGACGUUGUUGGUCAAGCCGGUAAGCCGAAGACAAUCACUGGUUGGGUCACGCAGGCAACCCCAGUCUUGUUGAGUUAUGGUGAAAGAGCAGAGUUGGAGAAUAAUGAGGAAUGGAUUAGUCUAUCUCACACAUUGGAGGGCAUUGUCAUCUUGAAAAAGUCGCCAGACUUUGUUGAAGCGGAUGCCUGA